AUCCCGUUGCUGCACUACAGGCUCACAGGUGGCUCUGCUGUGGAUGUGGGCGCCCCAGGCCCCGCUAGGAGUUAGCCAACUCUCUCUGCUCCGGGGCGCGGAUUUGGAGCCCCCGCCUCUCCUACCCUUGCUUUGGGCUUGGGAUGGGGAGCGCGGGGCAAGGCCUGCCGUCGGGGGAGACGCGUAGAGGGGCGCUUCCCUUCCCCAGUCACCUACAAACGACUCAGGGGGAUGCGGGCCAACCGCCUCACCAAAUGCAACCCAGCUCUAAGCUCACAGCAUAAAUGAUGAAAGUUUCCUGUGAAGCAUAAGAAUCCCUGAUUGUGGAAGUGCCCCACAAGCAUCGUUAACUAUAAAGUAAGGAAAAGUAUGAAAGAACCAUCUGGUUGAGUCUAAAGUUCGAAGAUCACCAUAUCCACCAGAAGACCCAGGAUGGAUCUGCACCAAAGCACCACCAUCACUUUCCUAGAGAAAUGGUGUUUGGAUGAGUCACUGUCUGGCUGCAGAAGACAUUAUAAUGUCAAGAAAAAACUGAAGUUAAUUCGAAUCUUAGGCCUUUUCAUGGGUCUGGUAGCCAUUAGCACUGUCUCAUUUUCAAUCAGUGCCUUUUCUGAGACAGACACACAGAGCACAGGAGAGGCCAGUGUUGUAAGUGGCCCUAGGGUAGCACAGGGUUACCAUCAGAGAACUCUCUUAGAUUUAAAUGACAAGAUUCAGGAUUAUACUCCACAGCCACCUCUUCCUAAGGAAGGUGAGUCUGAGAAUAGUACAGAUCAUGCCCAAGGAGACUACCCGAAAGACAUCUUUUCCCUUGAGGAGAGAAGAAAAGGUGCAAUCAUUCUGCAUGUCAUUGGAAUGAUCUACAUGUUCAUAGCCUUAGCCAUUGUCUGUGAUGAGUUCUUUGUUCCCUCUUUGACUGUCAUCACUGAAAAACUGGGCAUCUCUGAUGAUGUGGCUGGAGCCACCUUUAUGGCUGCAGGGGGGUCAGCCCCAGAACUUUUCACGUCUCUCAUAGGGGUAUUUAUCGCUCACAGCAACGUUGGCAUAGGCACAAUUGUAGGUUCAGCAGUAUUCAACAUCCUCUUUGUUAUUGGCAUGUGUGCUCUGUUUUCUAGAGAAAUCUUAAACCUGACAUGGUGGCCGCUCUUUCGAGAUGUGUCUUUCUACAUUGUUGACUUGAUCAUGCUGAUCAUAUUUUUCCUGGAUAAUGUCAUCAUGUGGUGGGAAAGCUUGCUUCUCUUAACAGCUUAUUUUUGCUAUGUGGUUUUCAUGAAAUUCAACGUCCAAGUAGAAAAAUGGGUGAAGCAAAUGAUAAACCGCAAUAAGGUCAUCAAGGUGACAGCACCAGAAGCCCAAGCAAAGCCAUCUGCAGCCAGGGACAAGGAUGAACCGACUCUACCGGCUAAGCCACGUCUCCAGCGAGGUGGAAGCUCUGCCUCCCUCCACAACAGUCUCAUGAGGAAUAGCAUCUUCCAGCUCAUGAUACACACCCUUGACCCACUCGCCGAAGAACUUGGAUCAUAUGGAAAACUAAAAUAUUAUGACACAAUGACUGAAGAAGGGAGGUUCAGAGAAAAGGCUUCAAUUCUCCACAAGAUCGCCAAGAAGAAAUGUCAUGUGGAUGAAAACGAGCGGCAGAAUGGGGCUGCCAACCACCUGGAAAAAAUUGAGCUUCCAAACAGCAACAGCACAGAUGUUGAAAUGACACCAUCCAGUGAUGCUUCAGAACCUGUACAAAAUGGAAAUCUCUCCCACAACAUUGAAGGUGCAGAAGCCCAGACAGCUGAUGAUGAGGAGGACCAGCCUCUCAGCCUUGCCUGGCCUUCUGAAACCCGCAAGCAAGUCACAUUUCUGAUCGUUUUCCCCAUAGUGUUUCCUCUCUGGAUUACCUUACCUGACGUUCGCAAACCUUCAUCAAGGAAGUUUUUUCCCAUCACGUUCUUUGGCUCCAUUACCUGGAUUGCAGUAUUCUCUUACUUGAUGGUCUGGUGGGCGCACCAGGUUGGAGAGACAAUCGGCAUCAGUGAAGAGAUUAUGGGCCUGACCAUCUUGGCUGCUGGGACCUCCAUCCCUGAUCUUAUCACCAGUGUCAUAGUGGCCCGGAAGGGGUUAGGAGACAUGGCUGUGUCCAGCUCUGUUGGAAGCAACAUUUUUGACAUCACUGUAGGGCUCCCACUGCCCUGGCUCCUGUACACCGUCAUUCACAGAUUCCAGCCAGUGGCUGUCAGCAGCAAUGGCCUCUUCUGUGCCAUCGUCCUUCUCUUCAUCAUGCUGCUCUUCGUCAUCCUCUCCAUUGCCCUCUGCAAGUGGCGAAUGAACAAAAUCCUGGGCUUCAUCAUGUUUGGCCUCUAUUUUGUGUUCCUGGUGGUGAGCGUUCUCCUGGAAGACAGAAUUCUUACAUGCCCUGUCUCCAUCUAGUAGGAAAAGCCAUAUCUUACACCAGCAGCAUGAAUGAUCCCUCCCCACUCUGGGCUCCUUGACCUCUUGAGAAGAGGCAGCUGGCACACAGCCCUGGGUACCAAGUGUCCCUCCUUGAUGGAUUUGAGGAGAGAUGGAUUCACACUGGACCCAUUCACUUAACAGG